AUGACUUCAUCAGAGUGUCCCUUCUGUGAAAUUGCAUCUUCAUCAGCUCCGUUUUCACCGUUAAGUCCGCCAACUAUACCCAAUGGCAAAGGAGGCAAUUCUCAAGAUACCCCAGACUCGCCCACAGCAUUCACAAUAUUAUCUACGAAGCAUGUUCUUGCCUUCCUGGACAUUAUGCCAUUGACAAGGGGCCAUGUUCUCGUUACUCCUAGACGGCAUUAUAAUAAUAUGGGUGAAGUUAGCGUUCAUGAAGCAAGACAGCUUGGUCAAUGGCUACCGAUACUCUCUCGAGUAAUCGUUCGAACAGUUUUAGGUGAAGGAAAAGACAGCCGAGGAGACGAUCAAGGGAAUUGGAACAUUAUUCAGAACAAUGGUAUACGGGCAUCCCAAACAGUUCCUCAUGUACACUUUCACAUCAUACCUAGACCUGCUUUCGGUACUAGUACUCCUACUGAAGGAGGCUGGGUCAUGUUCGGGCGCGGCCAGAGGGACGAACUUAUGGAUGAUGAGGCAGAGGAGCUAGCGGCGCUAUUGAGGAAUGAGUUAGCAAGGGAAUUGAAGAAGGUUAAGGAGGAGGAAGGAGUUGAUUUGGAGGAUUGUGACUGUGGGGCUGGUGAUGGACACUUACCACGACCGACCAAGCUGUAG